UCUUGUCCAGACGGUAUCCAUUUUUACAACCCAUGUUAGAAGAAGACUAGCGAGUACAAGGCAGUGACUUGCGUUGUUUACGUGAUGAACAGUCCAAGGCGAAAGCAAUUCGUUACUUGAGUUUUCUUUUCAUACUCGUGUCGUGAUAAUGCGGUAGUAGUGAGACCGCAAGUGGUGACAUUAGGAUGGGAAGCUAAACUGUUGGAAAAGGCGGACCUAGAACUUCUGUAGAAAAUGUAUGAUUUAUGCGGUCUCGUGGCUUUUCCAAAUUGCUUCCAGAAUGAUUAAGUUGUAGAAAGUUGGACAAGGACUUGGAGGGUACUGUGAAUAGUACUCAGCCCGCGGCGGGGGAAUGGAUCGAUGUGCUCUGUGCUCGUUUAUUUCCGCCUGCUCGUGGCCUCUCCGCUUCAGUCUGGCCAAGAUGGCGGUACUUGGCGAGGGAUGGCGGCCCCAGUUGGUGUCUUUAUGGACAGCUUGCAUGGGCACCUUCACAGAGCAGUUUGAGUCAACCAUGUUGACUGGAGACACUUUGGUCCUGGAGUCUCACAUAGGCCAGACUGGUUAAAGACGGCAAGUUUCCUCUCCUAAGUAUUGAGUCAGGAUUAUAUGCAGUUGAGAUCUGCAACUGGCCGAAGCACCUGGUUUUCCAAAUGUUUACCCAGUCAAACAGUAUUUUAAAUUCAUAUUCCAGUCAUGGCUUAUGAUGAAGCAUUCAAGAAAAAAGAAGAUUGUAUAGUGGGUGAAAGCGGAAUUGAAGAGGUGGGUCUGGCAGCAGGCAGAAGCCAACGAGAGAAGAAGCGCUCGUAUAAAGAUUUGCUGAGAGAAGAGGAGGAAAUAGAUGCAGAAGUCCGAAAGUCAGCCAAAAAGAAAGCGAAGGAUAUUGAAGGUUUCUUGUUGGCUGCCGAUAUUCAUAAGAAAAAGAAGAAAUUACACCAUUUAAUGGGCGAAGAAUUCUACUAUGGAGAACUGUCACCUAUGGAACCUGUGAAAAAGAAGAAAAAGUCUGAGGGUCAUCAGGUUGACACUGCCAUGGGUCUCCUCAAGGCCAUCACUUCACCCAUAUCAACAGUUUCAAAACCUUCCAAGAAACCUGAGAAAUCACUUUCUGCUUUUAGCUCAGCAUCCUAUCCUCCCUUAUACUCUGAGAUCAGGAAGGAACACAAGAAAAAGGCCAGCAGUGCAGAGCAUGAGGAAACCCCUGAAGAAGGGGACUUCCAUAAGGCGAAAAAAAUGAAGCCAAUUUUUGUAAAUACAGACACAGUGACGGUGCGUGAGGCGGAAGGUUUAAAAAUGAAGCUCCUCCUCUCGCCUAAGGACAAAUCGGGCACAGAUGAUGAAGCAUUCAACUUUGCCACGUCAUCCAGCCUCAAGAAAUCAUCAAAAAAGAUGAGCAGGGAACAGGAUCAUGCCACGUUCCACUCCGCCAUCGAGGCCCAAAGCCUGCCAAAAACUGUUGUUCGCAAAAAGCACAAGUCAGAAUCCCGAGCCAGCGAGAGCUUUGACUCUGAGACUCGUUUCUACAGUGAAGUCCGUGCUGGCAACCUCUCCGAGUGUGACCUCUCGGGCUUAGACGCACUGGAUACGGCAUCAUCUUCUGGUGGGGAGCUAGAGGCGGGAGAAUUGGUCAUCGAUGACUCCUUCCGUGAAAUGAAAAAGAAGAAGAAGAAAGAUAAGAAGAGCAAAAAAAAGAAGGACAAGGAGAAACACCGAGAGAAGAAACACUCCAAGUCAAAGAAGAUGCAUGCCCAUUCCCCGGCAAAGAUUUUAGCAACCACCAAGUGCUGCUUCCCGACACAGUCGGCUGUUAGCACACCUUAUGCAAUUAAUGUGCCCCCACCUUCCAUAUUCCACGUGGAAGGACAGAGUGAAAAAAAGAAGAAAAAGGAAGAAAAAGAUAAAGAAAAAGUUGAGAAACCAGAAAAGAAAAAGAAGAACAUGUCUGCUUAUCAGCUGUUUUGCAAGGAGUACAGGAUUAAUAUUGUUGCUGAACAUCCAGGAAUAGAUUUUGGUGAGCUUAGCAAAAAGUUAGCUGAAGUCUGGAAACAACUUCCUGACAAGGAGAAACAGGUCUGGAAGCAGAAGUGCCAAUACUUGCAGCACAAGCAGAAUAAAGCUGAGGCCAUGACAGUGAAGAGGAAACUGACUGAUCUGUUGGAAGAGACAGCUACUAAACAGAAAGGCAGACAAAAUUCUUCAUCUCUGUCCAGUAUGGCAACAUCACACAAGAAAUCAUCACAUUUACUAGGUUUAGGAGGAAGCAGUCACUCCUCAUCCCCCAUUAAAAUGCCAGAGGUUGAUCCGAUUGAUGUCGCAGCCCACUUGCAGCUUCUGGGUGAAUCAUUGAGUCUCAUAGGUCACCGAUUGCAAGAAACUGAGGGGAUGGUGGCAGUGUCUGGGAGUCUCUCUGUCCUGUUGGAUUCCAUCAUCUGUGCACUUGGUCCCUUAACUUGCCUUACUGCGCAGGUUGAUUGUCUCAAUGGCUGUCCAAAAGAAGUCCUGGCCCAUACUCUGGAUAACAUUGCUUAUAUCAUGCCAGGCCUUUGACCUUUAGGGACUGUUGGAACUGGAAGAAUAACAGAAAACAACUGAAUAAUAUAUUGUCCAUAAAAACUUGGCUGUGAAGGAACACAUGUUCUGUACCCUUUCCCAUAGUAUUGCAAUUAUUAUUGAAUGGGGUGAAAGUCUGGUUUUAAACAUUCAAGACAAGGUAAGCCAGAUACUGGAGGCUCAGUGGGAAGAAUAUGAUUCACCAUAGAGGUUGUGGAUUGACCAGCAUUAUGUGGGAUCACUUCAACGCCAAAUAUGAAAACAAGCGCUGGAUCAUCUUGUGCUGAAACCUAAUUGUUAUCAUGGGUACAUGUCAUCUUGUAAGUCUGUAAUGUUUAAAAAUGUAUAUUAUAAUUUUUUUUGUUUCAGAACUGCUAAUCUGGAAUAAAAGAAAAUGUUAGAAAUAUGUAACUACUCAGUUGCCCACUAAAACAAGAAAAUGCAGUGUUCUCAUGGAAGCACAGAUUCAUUGGUGCCAAACCUACCUUUAACUUUUAGUUGCUCAAUUACCUGUUAUAUAUUUGCAGCAUCUUUUCUAUUUCAGUUGAAUUAUAUCAUAUCAUUGAAAAUGCAGUUUGUUGUUUCACAGCAGUUCCUAUUCUAUCCUCGGUACAUUAACUUAGUUUAAUUCUCCCAUGGAUUCUUUUUGGUGUGUAGAUACUCUCAUAUAGAUCCGUUGCUUUCAGCACAGCUUGUAAGGAUUGUAAUUAAUUUUCCCAUUCCACACUUGAUUCUCUGCAUAGACUGCCCUCAUACAGAAUCAUAGGAUUUACCUUAUACUUGUUUUAGACAAGCAAAGCCUUGUAAAAUUUUGUCUCUUUGACCAUUAUCUUUUAGCUCUUACCCUUUCCUUUCCUGAACAACUUUGACAAGUACUUGGGUAGUUGAUCGUGGUUUUGUUUAUUCGCUCGCAGGUUGUGGGAAUCAUUGGUUAGGUCAGCACUUAUUCUCCAUCCCUAAUUAUCCUGGAGAAGAUAGUGAGUUUGCCAUCUUCCUGAACCAUUGUACAAGACCUUCAUAGUACUGUUUUGGAGGGAGUUCAAGGAUUUUGUCCUAGUGACACUUCAGGAAUGGCAAUAUACUUCUAAAUUAGCGUGGUGUGUGGUUUGGAUAGGAAGUGCAAGUGACGGUAUUCCCAUAUAUCUGCUGCCCUUGUCUGUUAGAUGGUGCAGGUCACAGAUUUGGAAAGUGCUGACAAAGGAAGUGAGUUUGGACAUUUGGUGUUAAGAUCAGAGUAUUUUGUUAAGCUAUUUCUGUCCUACCCUUUUUCCAACUCACUACAAAAAUUUCCUCUUCAGGUAUUUAUUGAAUUUGCUUCCAUGUGCUUUUAGGCAGUGCAUUUCAGAUCACACCUAGCUGCAUUAAAAAAAAUGUAUCAUUUGGCAAUCUGUGUGCCCUCUGACAGCUGUCACUAGAAACAAUUGCUCUCAUUUAAUUUCAAUAUCUCAUUACUGUCCCAGUAGUUUCUUUGUAUGAACGUUAUUGUACUAACCAGAUAGCAUUAAAAUAAUGUUUUUAGUAAUGGAGAGUAAUUACCUGCCCAUUUGAAACAAACUGGUUCUGUAAGUGCUCUAAAGAGUCAUGUUGGACUCAAAAUAUUAACUUUGUUUCUCUCACCACAUGCUGCCAAACUUGUUGAGUUUCUUCAUAACUUAUUUUCCUGAAUUACUGUGUAGCUGGUUUUCAGUUCAGGAUUUAGUUCAAUACAGAUGGUAGCUUCAGAUGUUAUGCUUAAUCUUUACUUAAGCACCUUGGGAUAUUUUACCACAAAGAUGCUCUACAAAUACAAACUGUUGGAAGAAAAGUAACACCAUACCUUUGCUUUGCUGUAUUUUCCAGUUCUUUGCUGUAGGGUAAUGCUGUCUUUGGGGUCACUCCGUAGCAACUUUUCAGAAAUGAAUACCAUCUCAUGUCAAAUACAGUCAUCAUCAAGAAAAUUUCUCUGCAUGGAGAGUUUGUGUUUGAGCCAGUAAUUAUGCAUCUGUAUCAUAGUUUAAAAUUGCACAAUAAAACUGUGGUGAUUUUGUCAAAUUGGUUGAGACAUUCAAAACAAGGUUUGAAAAAUUCAGUGACAAUUUGCCUUUCAUACAACGACUUUUAAUAUAACAAUGCUGUGUAGAUCUUCCAUUUGUUUGCAGGCAGGGCUGUAGUGUUGGCACAGAGUUGUUUUGUAAUUUUUGCAAUGGUUCUGCAGUUGUCAUAUACAAAAGUCUUCCAGAACGCAACAGGUUAAAUGCAGGAAGCAUACCCCUCAUGGUUAGUGUUGGUGAGAAUUUGCAGGGGGGAGGGCAGGUGGAAUUAAAAUGAGUAGAAUCCCUGCAGUGUGGAAGCAGGCCAUUCAGACCCACCUCCCUAUAGCACAUUGCUAGAUACUACCAGGCAAUUUAGCAUGGCCAGUCCAACCAAUCUGCACAUCUUUGGACUGUAGGAGGAGUUCAGAGCACCUGGAAGAAAACUGAGCAUGCAAUUGAACCUGGGUCCCUGGUGCUGUUAGGCAGCAGUGCUAACCACUGAGCCACUGUAUUGCCCAAGAUAUCCAAUCAGUGAACACAGUCUCAGAAUAAAAGGGUGGGACAUUUGGGAUUGAGAUAAGGAGGAAUUUCAUCAUUGGAGAAAUUGAAUCUUUGAAGUUCUGUACCUCCAGACAGCUGUGAAGGUUCAGUUGUUGAAUCUGUUCAAGAUCAGCAUGAAUAGAUUGCUGAAUAAUAAAGAUAUUAAGAGAUGUGGGGAUUGUGCAUAAAAAUGGUGUUGAGGUCUAGAAUAUUGUAUCAGGUUGAAAAGGAGUGGAAUGGCUUACUGUUGCUUCUCUUUCCUGUGUUCCGAUCAUUAGGAAACCAUAAAUUAUUUUGACACUUGGGGCAGGCGAUUGUAAGUAUGCAGGUGAGAUUUGAGUAUGAGUACAGCCAGCUAUCUAUUACCAGAAUCAUAUAUUAUUUGGAGAACUGCUCACUGAAUCACAAUAUGAAUCUAUUUCUGUUGUGCCAUGACUUCAGUUCCCCUCGUGAUUUUAAUGAGCAAAUUUUAAAUAUUCCUUCUCAUAUUACCUUAUGUGAGGAUGGAAAAUAUGUAUGGUUCUGUUAAAUACUUGCACUGUCAAUUAUCCCCGACCCAUUUUAAAGGGUUAAAUACCAUUCAGUGAAAAGAUGUUUCUUUUGAAAUGUUGUAAUGUAUUUUAUUUUCAUCCAGUUUAAUUACAGGGGGGAGUUAGAUUUCCUGUGACAUGAGCCUGCUUCUGCUGCCCCAUCUGUCAUUGGAUCAAAUUCCUGCAAAUCCCUCAUAGCACAGUGUAUAUAUCUAUACCCCAUCGACUUCAGGAAUUCAGGGGCAAUUAGGGAUGGGCAACACUGCUGAUACUGACAGCGUUGCUUGCAUUCCCAUAACACAUUAGAAAGAUUUUAAGCAAUGAUCAGACGAACAUUUUGACAGAUUGAAUGGAAAUAUAAACCUGUCCAGUUCUAGGAUGACCCUUAAUAAGCACACAAACUGACUGCAAUGUAAUCAGGCUAAACCAAAGCAAUACACCUUUCCAAAACAACUGGCUGGCCUCUUCACAACUGAUAUCUAAAGAAAUGAGAGUAGGAGUAGGCCAAUCAAUCCCUGGAGUCUAUUACAUCAACAUCAUCGUGGCUGAUCAGAUUGCAAUGUCAACCCUCCUUUCCUGCCUAUUCCCCAAAAUGGCAAAGUCUCCAUUACUGUCAGGGAAAAGAAAUCGUAGGCUGACCAAUUCUGAGGGAAAACAAAUCCUCCUUGUAUCUAUCUUAAAAGGGAAAGUGCUUAUUUUUAAAUUUGUUCUGGACACUCUCUUGCAAGGCCAGACAUUCUCUCAGCAUCUUCCUUGUCAGAUUCCCUCAGGAUUAUACGUUUCAAGAAGAUAAACACCUGUUCUUCCAAAUUCAUGCUACAUUUCAGGUACAAAGAUUUUGGUUUGGAUGAAACUUUGAGCCCAACUUGCUGAACUCUGGCUUUUUCACUGAGCAAUAGAUUUGAUUGUUUGGGCAAUCAGUGAGAAAUUCAAGAGCAACAGGAGGAGGCCAUUCAAUUCUUCAAUCUUGUUCCAACCAUCCAGCUGGAGUUAUAAAUUCAAGUCAUGUAAACGUGUACCUCAUAACCCAAAACAGGUCUCUGAAACUGUUUCUUCACAUCUAAUUGCAUUUGUUUUUUCACCUCUGUGAUCAGAAUUUGGGUGCAGCUCAGAUGACCUAUUUCUUUGUUUCUUCUGGCUAACAGAUCAUGGAGAUGGCAGCUGAGGGAAUAGAAAAUGUCAGAAUCACAAACAGCAGAGGGUGUUGUUGGAGCUGAGUACCAGGAUCUUUACUGUAUCUGUCCCUUUGCCCUCAGCCAUCUCUGCUUCUUUGCCCUUGUCCUCGCUCCCUGCUUGAUCUGUCCAUUACUCUUGACUGUAUCUUCCCUGAUAUGACAUGCUUCUAUUGUGUGCUAGGAACAUAAUGUACCUCACCCUGAUGAGCUGAAAUCGUACACUAGGCCAAAAUCCUCUUUGACACGUUCAGCCCAAUUUUCACCCAUUUCUGAGAGAAAACCAUGGGUCACUGGACCUAUUUUACCUUCAACAUGAAUACAGAGCUAUCUUAUUGUUCAUGCUGUUUUCCUUUCUACUGUUGCUUUAGCACCACAAUGAACUAAUUUCCAAAACCUGUCCUCCCAAACACGGGUUGGAUGUUGCCAUUAAAAUUUGUUUGUUUUUCCAAAAAUAAAAGAAAAUGUGUAAAAAUUUAGAAUGUUUUGCUUUUUUAAAAAAAACACCUUGAAAUUUCCUAAGUGUCUUUUAAGCUGUCUUUAGUUGAGCAGUGUAAACUGUAGCUGUGUUGUACGUAAUACCACAUAAAAGAUCAAGUUUUUAUAUUUGA